AUGUCAGGAUCAAGUUUGCACCCAAAGAUUAUAAAGAAACGAACAAAACGCUUUGUACGUCAUCAAUCAGAUCGAUACAAAUGUAUUGCACCAUCAUGGAGAAAACCCAAGGGUAUUGAUAAUAGAGUUCGACGUAGAUUCAAAGGGCAAAUAGCCAUGCCUAGGAUUGGAUAUGGAUCAGACAAAAGAACUCGUCAUAUGCGUCCUGGCGGACGCUAUACAUUUCUCAUUCGGAAUAUCUCUGAUGUAGAUGUUUUAUUGAUGCAUAACCAAACUUAUAUCGGUGAAAUUGCGUCAACAGUUUCUUCAAGAAAAAGAAUACUUAUUGCAGAAAAAGCAAUGAAACUGGGUGUAAAAUUAACUAAUGGUACAGCACGUGCUAGACCACAAGAAUAA